AGGCAUCCGGAAACUCCACAUUGGCAAAGCUGCCUUUCCUUUCUCUUUCCUUCCUUUGCCCCACCCACUUCCCCCUCCCCCACCUUUUUUCUCUCUCCUUCCCCUCCCCCCACCUCCUCCUCCUUUCCCAACCUUCUUCUCCCUCAGUGGGCAAGCGCGCAAGCGCACCUACCCUGGUGGUCAAGAUUCUUGCCAGUGAGGCUCAGGUCAAGGACUUGAUAUGAAGAGCUGAAUUACUAAAUCCUUUCUCUCCCUCUUCCCCUUUUCCUCUCCCCUUCCCCCUCUCUCCCUCUCCUCUUCCCCUCCCCCAUCCCGCCCCCUCUCUCUUUUGCCAGCAUUGCCUUACCAAUCUUGUUUAGAGAAAAAUUCCUUUCUAAGCAUGACUGAAUUCUGGCUCAUUUCAGCUCCUGGGGAGAAAUCAUGCCAGGAAACAUGGGAAAGACUACAGGCAGCAACACUCCCAGCUAAUCUCUCUACUAAUGUAAAGUUCAACAUUCCCCAAUUAAAGAUUGGGAUACUGGAUGUUUUAGUUGAAUUAUCAGAUCAUUUGAAGGUUCUGGAUGAAUUUGUGACUAAGCUUAACAGGAACAUAGUCAAAUAUGUCUCCUCAUUACUGAUAGGCAAUGCCAAAGACAAAAUUGGUGAAAUUCUGUUGGCUAAGGAAAAUGACAUAAUUACAUAUCUAACAAACUUCCAAUGGGAUAUGGCCAAGUUUCCAAUCACAGCGUCCAUGAGGGUUAUUUGCGAAAUGAUUGAAAAAGAAGUACACCAAAUUGACAAUGACUUCAAUAGCAGAACAGCUGCCUAUGAGAAACUGAGAGAGAAUGUAAAAAGUUUGGAAAAAAAACAGGAAGGAACUUUUUUAACUAAAAGUCUAGCAGACAUUGUAAAGAAAGAGGACUUUGUCCUUGAUUCGGAAUAUCUCAUCACCAUAUUGGUGGUAGUUCCAAAGGAAAUCCAUGAUAAGUGGCUCAAGUGCUAUGAAACAUUGACUGAUUUCGUAGUCCCGAGGUCUAGCAGCAUUAUCUCGCAGGACACCGAAGCUUACCUGUGCAAUGUUACCUUAUUUAAAAAUAAAGUGAACGAUUUCACAGCUUUGGCCAGAGAAAAGCAGUUCAUGAUUCGUGAGUUUUUUUAUGAUGAAGAAGUGAUGAAAAAAGAAUCUGAAGCGCUCUCCAAUGCCCUCGGUGAAAAGAAGAAGAAUUUUGGACCGCUAUUUCGGUGGCUGCAAUUGAAUUUCAGUGAAGCUUUUAUAUCCUGGAUUCACGUGAAGGCAUUAAGAAUUUAUGUUGAAUCUGUUUUAAGAUAUGGACUACCAGUGAACUUCCAGGCAAUGUUACUUAAACCCAAUGUGAGAGCCAAGAAGAAACUGAGGGAAGUUUUGAAUGAUUUGUACAAACACUUGGUUGAUAACGAAUUUGUAACUGAUAAUUCUUUGAGUGCUCCAGAAUUUGUCAUGGAUAAAGAGGACUAUUAUCCCUAUGUGUACCUCAACAUAGAUUGCUCUCUACUCUAAUCGAAGUAAAAAUAGUCCUCAAUAGAUAUCCUCUCCUAGUGCUGGUGUAUAUGAAUGAAAAUGAAGUUGAAGUAUGCCUAUA